GGGUCUCCGUUUUUAUUCUCUUGCUUGGUGUCAACCCUACCAGUUCAUAGUUAGUAAGAUAGUGUCAUUUUCCUUGUUUUCUUUUCUAACUCACCACUUCACUACUGUCAACUCGACGACUCACUUCUCCUCAACUUAUCGACUGAUCUUUUAGUUCUUUAGUUAAUCUAGUAAUUAGUCUAUAAGCUGCAUCCACCCACAUUACACAACGUCAACGUCCCAAGCUAUUAUUAACAAGAGCACACAAAUCAAAAUAUUUUUUUAAUAGUCGCCAUUUUCGCAGUCAAAAUUUUGCCACUCGUAGGACGUGGUAGUAGUUGAUACAAGGAUUUCUAAAGUCAAGACGGAGGCCUUAUAGGGAAAUUUGGGGGCCGAGGCUCAUCUUCUUCUAGAAGACUCCGUAGGUGGAGAUGGAUUUCGGGGGGCAGCAGCAGCCACAGGACCCUGACUCAUUUAUGGGGUCCUUCAGAAGAAAUGACCGGGCAACCAAACAAAUCAUGGCCAAGGCGGCCACCAUCGUUCCAAAAGCCUGUGAUAUCUUGGGGAUUUCUCUCAGCGAUUCGGAGAGUGAAGCCGAAGAAGAGAACGACGACACUGCCGCAACUCGCGGAGAAAGGUCCCCACAUCAUCAAAUAAGUCAUCAUCAUCAUCAUCAAGAAUAUUCACUCGCCUCGAUCGAUGGUGGAAGCGCCGAUGGUGAUGACUCUAACAACACAACAACAACAACCAUUGUCGAUAACCAACAAGUACAAGAUGCCAGACCAAAGCCAAACUUCAGAGCCAGAAGAUUGCUAACCCCAACGCGUGUUUCCGGACUGGAAACCGUAUUGGCAAGUCAUGUUCGAAAAUCUCGUAAAAGGUGUGCAUCCACCCCAUCCCCUCUCAAUAUGGGCCAGUCAAACUCAGAGGAACUCCGUGAUUUGAACCCACCGACAAAUAAAAAACGGAGGUUCCCUUCGAUCUCAUUAUCUGGUCCAGGGCCCUAUUCGAACAACAAUACGAAUGGAUCUGGAGGAUUGUCUGGUGGAAACACUGCUGCGGAAAAUAACCAGGGAAAUUUAUCGUCGGGAGAUUAUGCCAUUCGAAAGAGGAUGAUGCAGGACAUUGAAGAUCUGCAAAAACAGUUUCAACAGCUCGAUAAUCUUGAGAAACUUCAACACGACCUAAUGCUGAGGUACAUGGAGAUUAAUCAGCAAUAUCAACCAAGUGGCACGAUUCAGCAACAACGUCAACCCAGUUCUGGCGACAGUAAUGGUACAAAUACUUCAACCACUGCCAUUACCACCACCACCACUGCUACUACUACUGAACAGGAACUAGGAAUUGAUGUCAAUAAUCCAGUCCGAGUCGGAGGGGAAAAUAUUGUUGGCGAAAUUGAGCAAGUUGAACCAGUCAUGGCCAUAGAAGAGGAGGGAAUAGACGAAGAAGAAGACAUCAACGUUAUGAAUGACGAUGAGAUCUUUUCUGAUGCCGAUCUCAUCAUUGGGGCUGAGGAAACUGUUGACAACAUAAGUGCAGAAGAAGAUUCGGAAAUUGGCUCUCUCAUGUAAAAUCGUGUUACAGGAUGAUAUCUGGUCAUGGUCAUACGGAGCAAGUUUGCAAAACAAUGUGAGGAAGAGCGUUAAUAUGAAUGGUAUAAUAAUAAGUAUGUAUGUAUGCGUGUGUAGAUGAUAUAACGAAUCCUAGAAAUGUCGAGACAGGAAAGAUUUAAGAGGGAUCAGUUGGGUUAAGGAUUUAAGGGUUAAUAAGACUUGAAAAAGUAACAAAAAAAUUAAUUCCAUUAUUAUCUCUACUAUUAUCGAAAAUACCGAGUAAGUACGUUGUGUGUAUGGUAUUAAAAUGUAUAUGUAUAGAGAGAGUUUGUCAAAAUAACUCGUAGUGGUCAGUCAAUUCCUCCAGAAUUAUAUAGCCUUUACUCUCCUGCUGACAUAAUAAGAUAUAAACACAACAAUACGUCACCUACGUACAUCAUACAUAUACCCAAAUACAAUACCUCCUAUUAUACCUACUCUUAGUAUUAUUUCAGAUUACCUGGUGAGAACGAUAUUUAGUUAACUUAUAUAAAACUGAACUUUGAUUUGAAACGAUGAAGCUUUGGUCAAGUUUAUCUGACUUGUCCGGUAAUGGAGUCUCCUUCGGGCUCCGCACAGUAAUAUUAUUAUUCCUACUUUCAAAGUUUUAUUGGUCUGGCAUGUUUUGUAGGCUGAAGGAAAUCAAUUAAUUGCCUACAUAAAAGUAAUAUAGCGGAAGCAAGUUAAAGUAUACUACUAAUACCUGAUUAUUUUUUUGUCUCCCUCCUCGUCCUAUUUUUUCGAGUUGCAUUUUCAAAAUGCCGUCAUACAAUUACGUUUAGUACCUGCCUACACCUACAACCACGAACCAACCAAUAAUAAUGAAACAAAAUAAUACAACGUGAACUAGUUAGGCUUUGAAAAAAGUACCACCUACUUACAAAAUAUACCACUAAUAAUAAACCAAUUCAGUACGUGAAAUACCACAAGAGAUACAAUAUCCAAGUUCGUAUAGCUAUUAAAAAAAUAAUUUGAAUAGUAUGAAAAAAAUAGUUAUAAAAAAUAGGUUAUAAAUAAUUAUGGCGCAUGUUAUUAGACUAAUAGCAUCUCCGUAUUUGUUUACGAUCGUUGUCUCACUCAUUGUCCCUUUCCUUAAACUACAUGUAUUAUUAUUUACAACAAUAAUUCACUCUGAAAUGUGUUGUCAAACGAAGAGGGUGUAUUCAAGUCGUAUAGAUAAAGUUUACCAUACAUGCAUUUCCAAUGUAUUGUAUUACAGCACAAAUACGUAUGCCCAGUGUUAUCAAUUAUUCUACUGGCAGUUAAUUGUCAGAUUUGUGGUAAUAAUUGCUAUUAAUUAAUUACAACAAUACAAAAAAAAUACUUUAACCUUCGAGUACAUUUAACCAUCAACCAUUGCUGCUGGUGGUGGUACUACUAUACAAAGUGUUUAACUCGUUUAGGUUGUGUUAAUCUUCUCAAGAAAAAUUGUAUGCAUUAAUGAUGUCAUAUUUUAUUGCACUUUAGGUUAGUGAUAUAGCUUGUAAUCUCAUGUCUCAUUUAAAGUCAGCUUAUUGUAGUUGUGCUUUGUUUUAGUAAAAUGUUUAGAAAAGAAAAAGUAAAUACAUGCAUACGUCCAACAAUGUAAGCCAUACAUUUAGUUACUUAAAAAGCAAAAUAGAAAGUCAUUUCAAUUGAAUUGUAUAAUAUAUUAUUAUAUAAAUUACAGUCUACACGAAUCUGGAUUUCUUUUUAACUUUACAAAAUUGUGAAUAAUUAAUUAGUCAUUUCUGGUGCAUAUUUUAAUCCUGAUAAAAAGUCACAAAUCUAAAUUGUAUUGAAUCAGCCAAACCAAAUGUUUUUUUUGGGAAUUGUGUAAUAAACCCGUUGCAAUUAUUAUUAUUAUUAUUCAAAAUGCGAGUGAUGCAAAUAAAUUCCUGUCCUAAACUAUUCUGAUUUGAUGGAUUUUAAAAGAAUUUGUAAUGUGCAAUUAAAUAUCAAAGAAAUGGCAGGGAAAAGUGUUAGAUCAAUAACUGAAGUAUCGACUGAUAUUAAGCUAAAUUAUUCCUUCUUCGCAAUGUUGAGGGGACAAUUAAAGUAUAUACGUGUGUCCGUAGUGUAAGGUAUGUAUUUAUACAGAAUGUUAACAAAUUAGGGUUAAUUGAUACCAAACACUUUCGUCGAAAACGAUUUUCGACCUUUCAAAUUAGAUACUUCGUAUUUUUGUUUGUUAUCCAAGUAAAAUAGAAGACAUUUCAUAACAUUAAAAAUAAGUAAAUUUAGAGUUGAGUAAAAAUAUACAAAUAAGGAAAACCACUACAUCACAUAUUAUAAAAUAUGUUACACUCUAAUGAAUAAGUCCCACCAAUGAUUUCUUAUAAUAUGUAAUUUCACUCACAAUAUUGAUGAAUUAUUGUUUAACAUGUGAGCAUAUUCCGAAUUUGAUCUUGAUUGUCCAAUAUUUAGUGAUUUUGUGAAUCUGAAUUUAAAAUUGAAUUUAUUUUUAUUAUUAUAUUCUGCAAUGAUGAUUGGUCGGUCGUUACUUUUUUGAGUGAAGCCUCUCAGAAAAUUGUUUCAUUGAUAUUAAUGGAAUAUGAUAAUUGGGUCCUUUUCCUGCUGCGUUGAAUCAGUGAAUUAAGUAAAAGAUACAAAUGAAUGUUAAUGCAAAAAGUUGGAUGCAAUUGAAAAUUUGUCCAAUAAAUUUAUUUUUUGUUUUCAAAAUUAAUCCAAAAA